GUCGUACCGCGGAUCGCGAUUCGUUAGACGUGGUGACUAGUCCACUUAGUCCAGUUAAGCGCCGUUAUACAAUCCUGUUGGCAAAUUCGUUUACCUGUUCUUGUUACGGCUGUUUAGUACAAGUGAACCAUGAAUUCCCACAAUACAACUUGUUGAAUGCGGAAGUUGCGUCUUGAUGAGGUGCAACUGGUGCACUUAAGAUUAAAGGAUGACAGGUGGUAGCGGGAUAACGUGCAAUAAUGACGGGCUACGAAUAUUCCAGGUGGCACGAAGAAUGUUUCGGCCGCUGCGGCGAUUGUGCUUCUUGUUUGCGCUUGAACAAUAUCAACGAAGAAACCAGUAACGUACUUCCCAAAAGAUUUCUUACUGUUGGCUCGGUACGAUAUGGUGUGCGUCUGGGUGCCGUAUCUCCGCCACCACCAGGAGCUGGACCGCGUUACCGCUCUCAGUGUUGCUGGCCUUCCAACUCUAGCCCCGGUCUCGUCUCCCAGAUCCCGUUGCUCGCUACUCCGGCUAUUAAUAAUCACGAUAUAUUUAGCUGCGUAAAUAGAAUGAGGAUGGAGGAAGAUGCUACGUCAGCGCUGCCCGAGCAAGUAAAAGUACGCAAUCAAGUACUGCACUGCACCAAGUCGCUGUUAAAGAACCAGCUGAGUCGACGUACAUUAGUUAAACCGCAAGUAUAUGCACGUCUGUGUGAGCGCGGGGACGGGGACGGGGCUGACAUCUUUAACACCCUGGAUCGUCUCCCAAGAUUCCGCUUCGGCGGUAACCGCAAUAGCAGCACCGGCAAGGAAAGAGAUCGUGACAAAAGAACAAGUGAAGUGCGAUUGCGGGAGUUGACAGACAGAUUAAAAAGAAGACCAAUACCACCACCUCGCACGCGACACGUGCCACACAAAAUUGUCAAUUCGCCGCCCCCAUCGCCCUCAAAUGACAACGAAGACAGUUGUACGCGCAAUGUGCCAUUAAGAAGUGCAUCGUUUUCUCAAGUUGAUUACUCUGCCGACAGCAAAAAAUACGUUCGAAGACGUUGUCCUUUAGAAGAAUCACACCUUGGGGAAGGCUCGCGUGGACGAGGUGUAAUCACCUUACCGCGUUCAAAGAACUCUAACCACCGACCUGUAGUUUACCCCAAUCCAACCACAACAAUAACAACUUCUCCCGAAGAAAACGAUAAAAAUGUAACCGAAUUAUGUGAAAUGAUAUAUGAGGGAUGCAGAGAAGAAAAUAUCGUAGACUCCCUAAACAAAAUUACAUCGGUGGAUGCCGUUGGGCACGAGCCCGACAAUAAACAGAUAGUUGCUAAUGACAUUAUAGUGAGAAACAGUGAAGUGGAUAAUAAUAGGACAGAAAAGAAGCGCGAUAAAUCUCGACGAAGAAAAGGAAUAUACAUCUCCCAGUGGCCCAAUUCCUACAAGGAUAAUGAAGACAUCUUACCGCAACUGUCGCAAGACAGGGAAUUUACAGAGGAAAACUUUUCGACGGCGUUGCCCAGAUUGAAGGUGUGCUGCGAAACGAGCAAUGAAUCGUCCACGAACUCCGAAGAUAAGCCCCAAAGUCCGGAAGACGGUUCCGAAACGGAAUGGCUAACGGCCCAAAUAAAUCGAGCCAGACCUCCACUAUCAACCCAAACCUCCGAGGAAAAGGAUUCCGGAAUUAAAAAAGGUAGUCUUCUGCGCGCAGAUUCGCUAUCGGAAGGUGAAACUGACCACAGCAGGUGCGAUCAACAAAGUAUCAUCGCAUCCGACCUUUCUGAUUGCGAAGUCCGACCUACAAACAACAAUGAACACAUUUUAAAUCACCACGUCCCACGACGAUAUUCGAAACGUCCCCUAAGAGGGCCCUACGGUCAAAUGCUCGAAGCGGAAAUGAAAAAGCCGGAAGCGGGACGUAAACACUAUUACACUAACGAAUUACAAUUUCUAGAAGACAUUACGGGACCUAGUGCAGUUUCAUUGUCGUGUAGUAGUUCGGUUGGUUCUGGUGAUCCGAAACCUAAAUAUGUAAACAGAAUAAGAGGAUCGUCGAAUCAUUCCCUAGACGACAGUCAAUUGAAAAAUUGCUUAAGUUCCGUUGGACCUUUGCAGCCCUUAACCAAACGAAAAAUUAGUAUUGAUUCCGUUGUCCCUCAAACUAAUCGAAACGAUUCCGAGCCAACAUUGGUGAUAAGUCAUCAAAGAACGACGUCGAGCCCUUCGAAACUCGAAGGGACGAUCUCGACGGAGCCUUCCGCCAAGCUUCUGGAACACCUAUUGAAGGGUAGUUCGGAGCAAGUUGCCACAACCGAAAAUCUACAAAGGAGCAACGAUACGCGUACGCACGUGGUUGUAGAGCUUUACGAUACAGAACGAUCAUAUGUGGAAUCACUUCAAAUUUUAAUUUCGAAAUAUUUGGAACCUCUCAAAAGUACGGAAAACGCAAGCUUGCUAGACGCAAACCUUGUCGAUGAAAUUUUUUUUCAGAUUCCAUCUUUGCUAAGCCACCACGAAGUGUUUUUAGAAGAACUAAAGAAACGUCUGGAUCACUGGGAUAUAAAGCAAAAAGUUGGGGACGUCUUUUUAGAAACAUUCUCUAAGCCGGCUGUAAUAGAGAGCUAUACAAAUUAUGUAAAUAAUUGGAAAAGGGCGAGGGAUAUAAUUAAAAAUGCCCAACAAUCAAAACCGGCCUUCGCGAAGUUUUUAGAGAACACUGCCAGAGAACAUAAAGGCAAACUGGCUUUAGAUUCCCUAUUAAUCAAACCCAUUCAAAAGUUUCCCAAGUAUGAGUUGCUACUACAACGAUUAAUUAAACAUACUGAUGUGGCUCAUCCAGAUCACAGCCUAUUAUUAUCAGCGCAACGCGAAGUUCAUGAUCAAUUGCUUCGGAUUAACUGUACUGAAAGGGAAGCUCUAGAAUUGGAACAACUCAGGGAAAUAGAAGCGUUGAUAGAUGGUCUAAUAGAAUUAGUGGUGACAGAUCGUCAAUACCUAAGGCACGACUUAGUUAGUAUGGCAGCUGGUGGCGGAACACGUAAGGAGAGAGCUUUAUUUUUAUUUUCCGAUUUGUUAUUGGUUACCAGUAUGAAACGAAAAAGCGGCACAAUUCGAAAGGCUAGUCCGGGUCAAGGCAGCGUUACCAGUAGUUUAGAUGCCAAUAAAUAUAAGUUAUUGAUGAAAAUAUCGUUGGAUGAUUUAGACAUCGUUAAGGCGAAAGAUGAGAGUCUGAAGCAAAUGAUGGUCGAAAUUGAAAAUUUAACGGAGGACGUAUCAGUAUUGAACCAAAUUAAUGAAUUAACUUGGACUUUGCAUUGUACCCAUAAUGCUUUGGAUGAAGUAAUUAAGGAUAUGUUUGAAAAAUUGAAUAAGCAACUUGUUGAACAACAAAACUCGGAUUCGCAAUUGUCUUGUUUAGAUUUAACAUUAAGCACUUCAAAUGGAUUGGAGACCAUGUCAAUUGUAUUUUCCAAACCAGAAAAAAGAGCGUCGUGGGAAGAAUCCUUUAAUGAAGCUAAGCAUAAAUUAGCAACGACUGGAGAUAGGAGACCGAGUCCUGAGUUAAUUGCCGCCGUUCCCAUCCGAAAAACAAGGGCGGGCUUGCAAUUUACAUGCGCGGCUCCAAUUAUUGGGGAAAAUCGAAAAGAUGUAUGGGUUUGUAAUAGCGAUGGCUAUGUUGGACAAGUGUGUGUUUUAAGUUUACAACCAGAGCCCAACGUUACUUCCUGUAAUGGCGUGUGUAACGCCAGAAUUUUAUGCAUCGCGUCGAUACCUGGUGUUAAUAGCGGAAUUCCUCAAAGUAGACAGAAUAAUGGCACCGAACUCAAUGACGAACAUUCGACGAUUCAAUUUGACAGCAGCUCUUCAAGCGAAGAUGAGGAUAGAAGUGACGGUGAAGAAAGUGGUGAUAUUAACAGAGCGUCCGCGCCAAUUAAACUGGUUGAAGUGUCAAGUACGGACUCGGAUGAAACCGAUAAUCAACAAUCCACCAUGUGGUUAGGUACGGAAGAUGGAUGCAUACAUGUAUAUAAUUCAAGUGACAAUAUUCGCAUUAAGAAAAAUAAAAUUAAACUGCAACACGGGUCAGCAGUUUUAUCUAUAAUAUACAUGGAUAAUAAAGUAUAUAUAGCUUUAGGAAACGGUGAUAUCAUUAUUUACGACAGAGAGAGCUCUGGAUGUUGGAAUACCAGUUCUCCAACUACCGUCUCAGUAGGAUCGACCACAAUGCCAGUGUCUAAAAUGCUUCCGGGUGUUGGAAAGAUAUGGUGUGGUUGUGGCAAUACGGUGAAAGUCUUCAACACGGAAACAUUGGCCACUGAGAAUAGUAUGACCGUUAAUAAUGACGCAAAUAAGCCCAUCACUUGCAUUAUGUUAUCCGGUAACGGCCUUUGGCUUUCCCUACAAACAUCGGCGAUUAUAAAAUGUUUCCAUACGAUCUCUUUUGAAUUAUUAUGCGAAGUGAAUAUCGCCCCAGCAGUCACGAAGAUGCUUACUAAAUUUUUUCUAGGCUGCGAUGACAUCAUUCGGCAACACAAAGCGGCAUGCUUGCGAGUUACUUCUCUCUUAGCAUGUAAAGAUCUGCUAUGGAUUGGAACAUCUGCAGGGGUGCUACUAACAAUGCCACUACCACACAUUACCCCAACCACUACAAAGAUGAACAGUACCCCAAGCGUGGUAGGCGUAUCCUAUGGUCACACUGGUCACGUAAGAUUCUUGACCAAUGUGGAGUAUCCAACUGCAAAUUCAGAAAAUACUCAUCAACGGUAUUCCUAUAAAGGCAAACCUGAUCAAAGAACAAAUUCGAAACUGUUGGUAAUAUCUGGAGGCGACGGAUAUGAGGACUUUCGCAGUUCCAACAUUUCCGAAGUUGCGGGCCGCGAAGAUUCAACAAACCAUUUACUUUUAUGGAAUAUUUGAAAGACGUCGUUUUAGUAAUGAAUCGUUUACAAUACCACCUACCUAUAUGUGCGCGUGAUACCUGCAUUUUUGUAAAACGUGUGAUAGUAAUGUUAGGCUUGUUUGAGUUACUGUGGUGAUAAUUUUGUUCGGGAGCGGCCUAAUAUGGUACCAAUUUAUGUUCCUAGUGGGAGAAUUUCGUUACGUAUUGCCUUUCAAGGUACCCCGAUUGUAAAUUUUGUCUAUUUGUAAUUAUAUUAUUGCAUAAUGAUAAAAGCGCAAGUAAAAUCUAAAUAAGUUAAGUUUUUUAUAGUUGUAUUUUUAUUAUGCAGUUUAAGCGUUAUUUUUAUUUGUUUCAUAGUGAAUAUUUUUUUAAUUUCUUAUAAACAGAAACUUUUUACGAAUGUGAAUUUACCGUUUACAUUAAAAUUUAUUGAAUUUGCUCAA